CUUAUUUAUAUUCUCCCUGUCUAGCAAGGGUAAGCAGAAAGCCAAAAACCAGGUGGUCACAUAGAGACGGAGAAAUGAGGAGCAUGAAAGGAGAGGUGUCAUUGAACCUGCCCGCCGAGAAAGCAUGGCAGAUGUACAGAGACAACGAGGUUAUCAGUAAAAUCAAUCCUGAGCUGCUUUCUCGAGCUGAAUAUGUUCAAGGAGAUGGCGGCCCUGGAACUCUCAGGCUCUUCAAGCUUGGCCCUGCCUUGAGAAGCUACGUGGGGGAGUCGGUGGAGAAGAUAGAGAAGGUGGAGACAGGUCGAUCAGUGAGCUACGACGUGGUGGGAGGAGAGCUAAGAAAGAUGUAUAAUCCGUACAAAGUGACCUUCACAUUCACUCCUGUGGAAGGAAAAGAGACGGAAAUGUGCACUGCCCAGUGGCAAGCUGAAUACGAGCCACUGUCUCCCACCAUCCCUCCACCGGAUAAGGCUAGGGAUGCUGCCUUGCGGUUCCUCCAGUGCUUUGACAAGUUUGACCUCAGCUACUAGAGCCCUCAACACAAUCCUUCCUCUAUAUUUCAGUGUAUGGAAUAAGUUUGGAAAGGGUAGAGCAGUCUAUGCUCUCUCUCUCUCUCUCUCCCUCUCUCUCUC